CACACACUGACCACGCCUCCUCCAGUCAGCAGCUGUUUUAAAUUGUGGUCGAAUAGUUUGUUGCGGUGUAACUUUAUCUGAAAAAAUAGGCAAAUGUGAGGAAGCAAGAUAAUGUUUUAUGUAAAGUCAGCGUUGUCCGCCGGUCGUUUGUUCUGAAAGCGACGGGUCACCUUUUUGUGUUAUUCAACCGCUUGUGUAACACGUGAGUCGUCGUUUUCAGAUGUUUUCCAACGUGAGAUCAUGUUUAGCCAGAGUCCCCAGCUGUGUCAGUUCAAGGACAGCGCUAACAGCUGCUCUCUGCAGACACCAACAUCGGACCGUCAGCUCUGAAUCUGCACCUGUCAAGGUGCUGUAUGAUGGGCUUUGCCCAAUAUGUGUGACUGAGAUCCGGUUCCUCCAGUUUCUGCAGAGAAAUAAGCCCAGGAAAGUAGACUUUAUCGAUAUCUCCCAGCAGGGCUAUGAUGGAGGGAAAUACAAGGACGUCAGCUAUGACAUGGCAAUGGAGGAAAUGCAUGUAAUAGAUGAGAAAGAUGAGGUUCAUCGUGGGGUCCCUGCCUUUGCAGUCAUGUACAGUGCAGUGGGCCUCGGCUGGUUGGGUCGCUUCAUGAUGUGGCCACCUGUGAGGCCAUUCAUGGACAAGUCCUAUGCCAUCUUUGCCAGGAAUCGCUUAAAGUGGACUGGACGGGCAGAGAUGUGCACCACAGGACGCUGUGAAAAGAAGAAACAUUGACUUUUGACUACAGGAAAAAAAAAGGAAAGUAAAGUUGGAAAAUAAAGUAUGUUUAAUAAGUUAA